UUGGUAGGCCUACACGUCGGGGGGUGGGGGGCAACCGAAGACACCGCUCGGCUACGGCGGUGCCAAAGAUAGAACAUUUCCGAAAUUUCUGCUACCAAAUACUUCGAAGCGGCAUUUAAUUGAUGGAGAUAGCCGGCGAAGACGGUUCAAAGUUAGUUCUACGAGAGCCAGUGACGAUAUUCGGAAGAGGCUCAGGUUUUGCUUCCAAGGAUCGAACAGUAUCUCGUCGUCACAUUUUAAUCGAAGCUAAAACCUCAGAGAACAGUAAUGGAGCUCCCAUUGAGCCUACAGUUUCCUUCGAAGUUAUCGGGAGGAACCCUAUUUGGGUUCGGAGCAGCAAAAAUGGCGAAAUCAGAACAUUUAGAAGAUCGGAAAAGGGCGAGAUGGCGCUUGGUGAAUCGUUCUGCGUGGGUUCGCAGGAACCAAUUUGGUUCGAAUUAAACAAAAUCGCUGAAUUCGAAGAAAGGAAGCAAUUUUUUUCGCGUUCAUCUGAUUCGGUGGAUAUCGAUGUUUCUGGCAUUGAUCCUGUCAAAGAAUUCGGUUUCCUUGCCAUGGGACACGAGUUUGAAUGCUAUGGCAAUCGAGUGAUUCGUGAUCCAAAAAAAUGGGACUGGUUUUUGGAUGAGCCGAGAAAAGACAGUGAUGACGACGAAGAUUAUGGGAGGAAAAAGAAGAGAGGAGUGAAGGGAAAGAGGAAAAAAGGAGCAAACAGUGACGAUGAAGAUUGGACAGAUGAGAAUGAAGAUGCUGUGGAAAUGAUUACAAAAACAAAGAAGUUUCGAAGACCCAAAUACUCCACAAGAUCAAAAGACCGCCAUAAGACUCCCAAUGAUCAAAAGAAGGCUGCUAGAUCUAAUAAAGACUAUGAUGAAGAAGUUGAAGAAGAUGAAGAUGACGAAACAUUAGGAGGCUUUAUUGUAGAUGAUGAAGAAGAUAAUGUAGAACAGAUGGACGAAGAUGAAGAUGAAGAUGAAGAAGAAGAAGAAUUUUCAGACGAUGACGAGGAAGAUUGAUGAAGCUAAUGGUUGUUGGGUGCUGCUAACUUAGGCUUGUUCUAGAGAGGUUUGUCUUUGUACAAUACUUCCCUCUAGUUUCCUAAUCUUGUGAAAUAUAGAAGGAUCAGUUUUAUGUUGUAUUUCAAAUUGUAGGUUGAAAAUCAUCUUCAGUUUCUUUUCCAAUGAUGGAUUAUAUUGGGAGGCCUUGUAAUAUUCUUUUGUCUUGUGUUGUAAAGAAAUAACUCGAGGAGGCCACCAGUUUAUGUGAAAGAAACCAUGAAAGUACCUUAAAUUUAUACUCAAUAGUUAUUAGUAGCAUACAGAUUCUUCAUCA